GCUGCAGCACAACAACCUGGAUACAUUCAGCAUGUCUUGUUCAAACAAGCCUGCUUUAUAUUAACUCAGAUAGGGAAGGGUAGCGAAGGACAGGAAACUGGCGACUGGCAUUCAUGUGUUGAAACAUUUCUGCAGCUAUUUUUCCUUCCUGAAGAUUGAGGAUCUAAGUGGCAGGCUGCGGUGAAAGCCAGUGUCGUCUUACAUCCUGCAGGAGUGUGUGAGUGCUGGAGACACGGCAGUAAACUGAGGGGUGGUAACACUGAAUGGACAGAAUAUGGGGUCAGAUGAGGCUUACAACUUUGUCUUUAAGGUGGUUCUAAUAGGAGAAUCUGGUGUAGGGAAGAGCAAUUUGCUGUCCCGCUUCACCAAAAACGAGUUUAACCAUGACAGUCGAACAACCAUCGGGGUGGAGUUCAGCACGCGCACGGUGCAGCUCAACAGCUUCACCAUCAAGGCCCAGAUUUGGGACACGGCCGGGCUGGAGCGAUACCGGGCCAUUACUUCCGCUUACUACAGAGGAGCUGUGGGAGCCCUGCUGGUCUAUGACAUCACCAAACACCUCACCUAUGAGAGCGUGGAGCGCUGGCUAAAGGAGCUGUACGACCAUGCUGACCCGCACAUUGUGGUCAUGCUAGUGGGCAACAAGAGUGACCUGGAUUCAGAGAGAUCUGUACCCACCAACGAGGCUAAGGACUAUGCAGAAAAGAAUGGUCUUUUGUUUCUGGAGACAUCUGCUCUGGAGUCAACUAACGUGGAGGCAGCCUUCAACGAUGUCCUACAAGAGAUUCAAAGGAAGGUGAGCAGUAAGGAAGUGGUCCGGGGCUCCAUCAGUGCUGUGUCCUUGAACAGCACCUUAGCAGAAAACACAGACGAGAAGAAGCCCUGCUGCAGGAACAUCUGACCACAAUUUCCUCCAGGAGUCCAGGGGUAAGUGGGUGACUUCCAGCCAACAAACCUGCGUAAAAUAUCAACGAGAGGCGGGGACACAAUAACUGCGUGUGCCUAAAUGAAUGGUCCUGGCUUAGGAGAUGCUGCUUUGAAAUGACUGAUUUACAUGUUUUACGAGCUGUGUGAUGUAUUCAAAAGAUGAUUGUGAAUGACGUAUGGAGACAACAUCAAUCCUUGAAGAGUCUCUGCUGACUAUUGAACAAGGUCAAAAGUAAAAUACUUAAUCAUGUUACCUGCAAAAUUAUAUAUUUAUAUAAUCCAUGCGCAGAAUUGGACAAACCCAAACACUAAUAUCGUAAAUGUCAAUUACACAUGACUGUUUUAUGUUUGUCUGCUGGAGACACUAUUAGUCUUGGGCUGCGGGCGAAUUGUCAACAAUAAUGGGACGGCAGUAUCCCUGUACCUUUGGUAAAGAAUGGUCCGGUGUACUCUAUGCGAAGGUAAAUAAGACAGGAAGGGUUGUAGCACCUUUACUUAACAAUUAGGGAAUUCAACCAACUCUUAUCAGUGCUGCCACUUCCAGGUCAUUUUGAUCAGUCAGGAACGUUCACAAGCAAAAAAGACUAUUGGACUGUAGCCUUGCUGUCACUGCUGUGUGUGUGCUUCAGCUUAUGAUUAAGGAUGAGUGUUGAGAAAUAAAUAAUUUAUAAAGACA